AUGCGUAAAUGCGCUUCUACUCACACAAAAUCGGAAACAAGAUAUCGACGUAUCCGCGGAAUAUCUGAGGUUCGCCUUCCUUUCUACGUCGAUCUGAUCUGCACUGGCGCAACGAUGCUCCCAUCUCGCAGCGAUCGCUUUCCGGUUACCAAUGUGGCGCUGUUCAUCACCGCAACGACUCCUUUCUCAGACAAGGUGAUAGCACGCAUUUGCCAACGAGCUGAGGAUGCAUCCGAAGCUUCUCCAGACGACGAUCCCAUUCGUCUCACCGUCAUCCCUGGCAACUUUGCGAGAUGGACACCGCUUCAAUUGGCUCGGGACUACGUGAUGCUCAACUUGACUCCAGACGACUCGCCUUUUGCUUGUCUUUCUUUCGUCAUGUUGGAUGAAAAGUCGCACGACGAUAACCUGGUUCGCAUUGUUGCCAUCCGCACAGAAUGCUUUCAAGAACAGCAAAAGAUGCCCCUGGAGAUCGAGGCGACCAUGAGGGUAGAGCCCGAGUCGGCUGUGGACCUACCUGUCCUCUUCCACGAUGGCAUCCAAGGCAUCUAUUCGUACCCCAACGACCCUUAUGUUGACGAUGCCGAACAAGCGGAGUAA